UUACAAUAAUAAUAAAGCAUCUGAAGAUAAUACAGGAGUAGUUUUACCAAAAAAGAUCCAUAUCAAAAAUAUCAAUUUGUUUUCCAAUAAUAAAUUGAUGCCUGUUGCUAUUGAUGAUACUACCACCAUCUCCACAUCUGUCAGACCCACACCAGCUAAGCCUACCACCAUCUCCACACCC